AUGGCGGGUGCCAUCCUGACAGCUUUAAAACAGAAUAUCGAAAAAUCUUCGGAUUCACAUGGAGAAUGUUUGACAUCAGCACAAGACAAACCACCUAAACCAACCAAAUGGGAUGAAGUAUUAGUGGAUGAAGUAGAUUUCAUCGAAGCACUUAAAACUGGACGAAUUAGCAAGGAUGAUUGUCACAUAGCAUCUAUUAAUAAAGAAAUCCUCGAAGACUCAGGUGAUGUUGAAGAAGCAAAAAUAAGUUUCCACGACGACAUCCUGACCGAUGACGAGAAAAUGUCGGAUGUAUCAUCUAUUGAUAUCCUCAUUUAA